AUGCUAUCCCGCACUUCUCGAGCUCUCGUCCCAUCGCUCCGCCGCAACAUUGCUGCUGCGCCGGCCAGCAGAGCAAAGCUGCAGCACCUCGUCGCGUUCCAACAACCAGCAGCAGCUCAACACCAGCAAAAGAAAACUACCAUUCCUCAACGCCAACGCAGCUUCCACACCACGCCUGCGAUCCACAAGGGUAUUACGCCAGAAUCAGCGGACCCCCAAGCUCCCAAUCCGCAGCCGAACAACGCAGCGGCUGCAGCCGGUGCUUCGCACGUGAUUGAAGCAACGCCAUUGUCUGACCAGAACUACCAUGAGGUAUCGGAGAUUUAUUUGGACGAGCUGUUAGCAGAGGUUGAGCGAGUGCAGGAGGAAGGUUCAGAUGUGGAGGCUGAGUAUAGCGCCGGCGUCCUCAACAUCGUCGUGCCCGGUGUCGGUACAUUCGUCCUGAACAAGCAACCUCCCAAUCAUCAAAUCUGGCUGAGCUCGCCCAUCUCGGGACCAAAACGCUACGACUGGGUUGUACAAGGGGACCAGAUGCACGAGAAGCAGGAUACGCGCGGGUUUAUCAGUGGACAGUGGAUCUAUUUGCGAGACGGCUCGAAUUUGACGGAUCUCUUGAAUGAUGAGCUGACUCUUGAUUUACCGGAGGAUAUUUACUCGGAGAAAGAUGGUGAAUAA